ACACGUGGUACUGUGAUGGAGAUGUCGCGCCAAGGGGGAGCGGAGGGGGAGAGUCUGCUGCGGCUGGACCAACGCGCCACCGUCAUGCCGCACGGGACACACGCACCAGGAUGGGAAGGCGGAGAGGGCGAGAGGGCGCCGUUCCUCCGUAACGAGCCGGUGAAACUAACUCCAGCUUGGGAGGGUUCCAACUUACCCAAUGACACGCUCAACUUGAAAGGGCGGCUUCAUUCGGAACCACUACGACCAUUUAUUGAUCAGUGGUCGCUCUGCAUCGAAGUGGCUAUCUUCGUAUUCACUGUGAUUAUGGCCAUGGUGGACACCUCCGGCUGCCCCGAGGUCUUCUUUUGGCUUACAAUGAUUUCUGUCUUUUUGCUAAACGCUUUCAACGCAAUAUUCCAAAAUUCGGUUUACGGUGUGGCCGCGAAGCUGCCUCCAAGAUAUACAGGCUCUGUUGUAUUGGGGUCAAAUAUAGCGGGCUGCAUCACAGUCUUCAUAAAUUGGAUUUCCAAUGAAUUCGCGGGAUCGCCGAGGACGUCGGCUAUCUAUUACUUUAUAGCCGGGAUAUUCGUGUUGUUGGCCUGCUUUGAUACUUAUUUCGCUUUACCUUUGAAUAGAUUCUACCGCUACCAUACCACUCUGGAGCAACGCACGUUCCUCGCAAACCCAGCACUCGCCGCCAAUCAACAGAACAACCCGGCAUUACUUCGGACUCCGUAUCUGUCUAUCUUAAAGCUCAUCUGGAUUCAAAUGUACAACGUGUUUAUUACUUUCUUCGUCACGUUGGCUGUUUUUCCUGCUGUGCAUUCGGAUGUGGUAUCAGUGAACACCGACAACUACCUAGGCAAGAGCUUCGUUUUGGUGACUUGUUUUCUAACCUUCAACGUAACAGCUACUAUCGGGAACAUCACCGCUGGCUUGUGGCAAAUGCCGAGCCGUCGCUGGUUAUUCGUCCUAACAACAACUCGUCUGGUAUUCAUUCCCUUGUUUCUCGUCUGCAACUACCAGCCCCAGGAAGGACGAACGCUCGCAGUGCUUAUCAACAAUGACGUCAUUUAUUGGAUCAUCGCUGUUAUAUUUGGGUUGACGCAUGGGCACGCGAGUUCUUUGUCCAUGAUGUAUGUUAGCAGUAACGUGGCCCCCGAGCACGCCUCGAAGGCGGGCAUGCUGGGCGCCGCCACGCUGAUCACUGGCAUCCUGGCCGGCAUCGCCUUCAGCGGCCUGAGCGCGGACAUCGUUGCAGCAUCCAUUUGGAAAGCCACCUAGCGGGGGCUGCACUAUUUCCACGUCGCGUGGGGCUUCCUCAAGCGCGUUUAGGGUUUCCUUGCACCGUGCUUCGGUCGCGCGUGUACUUUCAUGCUACUACCCGACCCAUUCCGCCACACUCGAAAUUGUUAUCACUUCAAAUAUAGCGUAUAAGUACGACCGCGUAGCCGAAACAUAUUAACAGAACCAAUAUAACCCUAAGGUUGUUUUACAUGAGGAUUUUCUUUGUAUACUAAUAUUAAAAUGGAAAUAAAAUCGUAUAUCUCUUAUAUUCACUACGAAAGUGAUAGCGAGGUGCUAUGUUUUUAUUUCUUUUAAUUCAAAUAAAGCAAUUCAAUUUAAAAACGUAAAAUAUUUGGAGAAAAAUCGCCAUGUAAACUGACCUAAAAAGUGCAGUACUGUUAAGUGACAGUGAGUGAAUUAGUGCAUAAUGAGUGACAAAUACUAAGUAGGUAUUGUUGUACAUUGCCAAUAUUACGGGAACGCGUGUGUUGAGUCUUUGUUGACUUUAGUUGAUAAUUUAAAGACUACAGUUUGGACAUGUUUUUGAAAAAAAAAAAAAUAUACAGAAACAACUUUGAAUUGCAUCUUGUACAGAUUUUGUUUUCCAAUAUUUCUUUUCAUAGUAUUCCGUAUUUUUAAGAGUCCGUAUGAAAUCAUAGUCACUCGUUUUUGUAUUUUCCAAGUUCCAGCAUCGGAGUCAUUCGUGUAUUAAGGAAGUUGACAAUUGCAUUGUUAAAGUGAUUAUAAUCAUUUCGCUCAACAAUUCACUGUUGUAUAUAAUUUGAUAGUUGCAGAGAUUCAGCAAACUCAGGUUUUGUAUAGCGGCCAUCUUAGAUUCGCCACAUUGGAAAAUUUUUAGUCCCGAUAAAAUCUGACCAGUCUUUGACAACUUUUUUAUAGAUAAAAUGCAAUCGUCGACUUCAGUAAAACACGAAUAACUCCAAAGAGAGGAGAACAAAAUACUGUCAUAUGAUUGGUUAAUUUGAAUUUCGAAUUUGUCAGUAAAUUUGUACUGCAUUAUUAACGCGAAUUGACUAGUGUUAAAAAUAUUAUAGGAAUGAUGUUGAAUAUAACUGCAUUUUUAAGCAAUAUGAUAUUAUGACAUUGACAUUAUUAUAUAUGUAUAUCGAAUUAUUUUAUAAGAGUGAUACCCCACUUAUCAGUAUACCAUUCGUACUGCUUUUGUGAUGCGCAGUUAUCGAUGUUAUUAGUACUAUAACUUAACAAACUAUCGAUAAGUAUAAUUUUUGUUUGCGCUUUUUAAUUAAGCAUUACACAAUCUGUCCGAUUAAUGUUACUAUUUUUCAAUAUGGUGUACUGAUAUCAUCGAUAUUUUUUUGCCGUGUAACAUUAGCUUUAAAUAUGGAGAUGAUGUUUAUGCAUUCUGACUUGUCGGGUUUCCACUCUUCCAUGAUUAAAAUCCCCUGGCGGGAGUCGCUUACGCUUUUUCCUAUUAAGAGUGAAUAAACACAGGGUGUAUAUUAAAUCGACAACAAAUUAAUUAAGAAUUAGUAAUAUAGAAAAUUAAAUAGUCACGUGUCAAAAUCGCUACCGCAAAUAAGAGUAUUUGACAAAUACCGAAAAUGAAACGGCUUUUAUAAAAAAAAAAUACAGUAAUGGUCAAAUGUUGAUCAGAAUUGGAAUUAUUUAUGAUUCUUUAUAUCAAAAAUUUUACAUCGGAAAUUACGUCGUAGCGGGCAGAUUGUAAGUACAAUCUUGAUGUUAACCACAAUUACACUUUAAAUGCAUU